CAAGGACCGACCAGCAUGUUCUUUCGACGUAUCUUGGAGCGCAAAGACAGUAGCAGUAACAAUGUGCCGCUCCCUAUAGCGACCACGGCAACGUCAGCAGCGGCCAAUAGCACUGCCACUGGCACUGGCACUGGCACUCGUACUCGCACUCCGUUGAAUGACUACAACAGCGAGGACAGCGAGAGUGUCACUUACGUGAGUGGUACAACGAGCAGCGAAGUCAAGGACAAGAAUAACAACCAGUCAGCCAGCGUGGGGGCUGGGGGCACCCAGACGAAAAUGCAGCGACGAACAGAGGCUCCGCCUCAGAUGGGUGCAGUGCAAUUGACGCCGCUGUGGGAGCAUAUUCUUCGCACUCGCCGCCUGCCGGAAACAAUUUGCCCCAACGCCAUGUAUGCAGAGUUCCACGAACGCCUACAGGAUCCAGAGUGGCAGGUGCGCCAGCACGCCCUGCGAGUUCUCGUCGACGUCCUUGUGGUGAUGCAAGACAGGGCCGACAAUCACAUGGAGGAGCACCAGCUGAUCGGCCUGCUGGUCGAGAACCUGGGCCACCAGGCGCCGACUGUUCGCAAGGGAGCCCUCGACUGCCUGCGCGUCUAUCUGGCCGAAACAGCUGUACCGGAAUCGGUCGUACUCAAGAUACUCGACACUGGCCUGACUCCCCUGGAGUCUGACCACGGCCGACUUAGCUGCGGCGUCUUGCUGUCACUUCCCGCAAUACUCCAAUCGAUUUUGCACACCCCCCAGCGGCACUUCAUAGUGCAGCAAGCCUUGCAGCGUGUCGUUCAGCACCUGGACCAACUGGCCCAGCAGGAGAUCACGCUGAAGGUCUUGUCGAAAAUGCGAGAGCUCUUGGGAGUCCACGAAUUCGAAGCUAUUAUGAACACGGUGGGCGGCCACACCACCCUGUCCAAGUACUAUCAGCUGUGUCAGGUGUAUGGAGUCUCCGAAAAGACGAAUCUGAAUCGCGUGGGAGAUGUCGGGAAGACGGGAGCGUGGCGAGCUCUGCCGCGGGAACAGAGCUGGCGGAGCAGUAGCCACCCCUCGGACCACCAAGCAAGCUGUUCCGACAAAGGGAAGGUCAUCAUGGAGACGGAGAUCCAAAUCAAUGACGACACUGUUACCAUGCGGCUGCUCGAGGCGGAUACCGAGACAGAAGAGUCCGACAGUCCAGCCCGGGUAUACGCCAAGGAUAUCGAACCAACGGAGCUUGUUUGCCGCGCCCUGGUGGGUAGUGCGAAGGCGAUGGCGAAGUCGAAGUCCCAUCAGGAUCUGAGGGAGGGCGCGGGAAUAGUCCAAGUUAUCAGCGACUCUGAAUUGGACGAGCCUCCCCGUACUGCCGGAUCUGAGAACAAGUCGGAGCCCAACACGCCCUCUCGUGGCCUGAAGCGAGUGACCUUUGGCGGAGAAAUAGUGAAAAUGCGCACUCCCGACAGCGAUGCGGCCAUUUCCUCAUACAAUUCCAAGCGCACAGCUCAGUCCAUGCAGGGCCCCACUAUAAUAGCGCUAGAUGACUCCUCGGGGUCUCCUCUGCAAACGCCGACAGAGGAUGAAGCUGUCGGGAUGGGCAUACCAAGUGCCACCGGCGACAGCAAGACAUCGGCCCUGGUCGUGGAAAUACCCAAUGAUAAUACCAAGCCAUUGCCUCGCCCAUUUAGCUCUCAGUCGGUGCGUCCACAGAGCAACGUGCAAGCCGAUCCGGCGCCGCCAGGUCCCAGUCCCAAACGUCAGGAAGGGGAAUCGAGAUUGACUCCGCCGCCGCACUCGCCCCUGUUCCGUAGUCGCAGCACGAGUCCGGCUGGAAGCAACAAUAUCAGUCCCAAGGUGCCGCACAAACAGAUCGAGGUGCUGCACAAUCUUCAGCGGGAUCCCUCGCCGCGAUCUCAGCGCCUGGCCGAGUCCGUUGGGGCAUCGCCAUCACCCUCCCCGACUCAAUCCAGGAGAGCACGUACCACCUCCAUCAUGUCGGCAGAGUCCCCAACCACACCAAAGUCCUGGGAGGACCUGGAUAUUGUCAACUACAAAACUCUAAUGGACCUUAGAUCUGGGGACUGGCGCCAUCGCUUGCAGGGCUUCUCUCACCUGGAGCUCGCCCUGAGCUCGUCGAGCAACCUGGCUCAGGUGCAGCCGUACUUGGACAGCUUGCUGCGAACAUUACUCUCCUCGGAGCGACACUUUGAGGUGGCCGAACUCAAGCGGGAAUUGCUGGUAAACCUGAUCACACGCCUUCCGCUGGACAACUUGGAGGAGCGCACUCUGCAGAUUCUAACGGGGCUGUGUCGCCAGGGCACAGCCGGAGCCAAUCGAGUGUGCAAGGCACUGAUGCAGCGCCUGCCAGCGGGCACCAUUGUGGCCAGACUUACUGCGCCGGAGUUCAUGCAUGCCAAGAGCUCGAAGUUCCGGGAUCAUGCCCUCCAAAUGUCCAUAUUCGCGCUGAUGACCUUUCCUGGCACCUGCUUCGACAUCAACCUGCUGACGGCACAGACAAUAUACUCCUCGCUGAAUCGCAAGCGACGCGUGCGCCAGGCAGCCCUGGAGGUCCUGGCCGUCCUGGCUGACAUCUCAUCUGUGAAGCAGGUUCUGGCAAUCGUUGCCGAAAUGGCAGCGGGCGUGGAGCUCGGUCCGCCCAUGCUCGAGGCUGCGCGAAUGCGUCUGUCCCGCCUGCAGUUGCCCAUUAUAACGCCGGACAGUUCCGUCUUGUUUGUGUUCAACCAAAUUGACACGCCCGGCAACAGGCGUGGUGCAGAUGUUGACUGGAUAAACCAGGGCGACGGCUCAGCCUCACCAAAUGCCAUCAAGAGGCGACGCAUGCGUGCUGCCAGCAGACAGCGUGGCGGCGUCCAGGAAAGCACAGAGCCAAAGGACAGGACACAGACACUCCACAGUUUCAGUCACGUCAAUGAGAACCUGCACCGACAUUCCUUCCACUCUCCUCCAGAGACCCUGGACAUGACUAGCCCCAAUGACUUUUCUCAGCGAUUAAGUUUUGGUGCUAGGACAAUGCAUGGCAACCUUAUGGACCGUCGCAUGGUGGGCAAAACGUGCUCAGAUACUUCGAUGGAUGGCCGAAGCACUGACAGCACGGCAACCACUUGCAGCAGUGGCAGCACUGGCAGUUUCAUACAGCUAACCUCGCGCACUGGGAGUCAUUUUGCAGGACCCAGCUCAAGAUUUCCCGCCAUGAACCAACAUACGGACUUUGUGAACAAUUUCAUGCGCAGCAUGCAGAGAUCCACCACAUCCUACACAAUGGAUGGUCAGGCAUAUCCCAAAGUCAGCUAUACGAACCCCAAGCCGCACCAGACCCAGAUGAAGCGCAAGAAGCUGCAGCACCAACACUCCUUCACGCUUACGCAGCAAAGCACUAGGACACGACACUCCGGCCAAGCACAAGAUGGAGAAAUGCUCAAACCAAAUGAAAUACACAAGAAACAGCGAAGCUUUUCCAUAGAUAAUCUGCAAUCGGCACACACGUUGGGCAGGGAGUGCGCCGGCGCCGCAAAAUCAGAUACAAGCGUUCGCACUGGAGCGGAUCCGGAAACAGCUCGGUCAUCGGCCACAGGGUCGCAAGCGGACAAAGAAACUACGGACGGGUCCCCGCUAUCCGUGAAGUCCACAAGCUACUCACAAAAGUCCACAGCCUCGGCCAAGUCGAGUAACAGUAACAGCAACUGUAACUGCGAGAAGGAGAGACGACCAACAAGUCCGGCUAGGAGUGGCGACAGCGUUGAUACAAAAUUGGAAGUCCUGAGUCUGGAGCGCAACGCGGUGGAGUCCUUUGGAGAGCUCGUAGUGGAUGACAUUGUAUCAAACAUUGAGGAAGAAGCAGAACACCAUGCCAUGCGCCAUGAGGACACUCUGAAACGUAACGAGAGUGUCAACAGCCUCCACAGUAAAACAGAAAGCAUCAAGACACAGCUGGAAGACGCAUCCCCGCAGCUUUCGAGGGCCCAAUCGACCAAGUCGCUGCCCAUUGAAGAAGACAUUGAGGGCAGCAACAGUUUCGUGGUGGUGGAAGAAGUUCAGCACGAGCUGGAGGCGUCACCCACUGAGUCUUCGCCUUUUAAGCAACUGGAGGGCCAGCUGGCGGAAAGCGAAAUUUCAACAACCGCGAAUCAUACCAGCGGUUGCUCUAGCUCAAGAUCGCGACCUUUGCAGGAUAACCUGGCUAUACAGCCCCGCAGCAUUUCCCUAGAGUCGCUUUACGGUGGAGCACGCCCUGCCUCGAAGCAAGGAUCUCUGGAUAACACCAGUACAAGUACCACUGACAAUGCGUCGUCGCAGUCUGGUUCGCAAAUAGGGAACAUCAAUGUCAUUGUCAACGCCAGAGGGAAGACCAAGCACACGCCGCUCAAGCAAAAGUCAAAGACGUCAUAUUUUCUGCGCGGGCAACGGCGUGUCUCUCCGGUGAAGCAGGCCAUCAAGAUAUCGCAGGCGGAGCUGUUCCCCCAAAACAUGUCGCGCUUCGAGAAGCCUCGCGAGGCCCUGCUCAAGACCUUUGACCAGCUAGACUCCAGCAACUGGGAGCUGAACAUAGUCGGCUUGAAGGGCAUGGUACGGCUGAUACGCUGCCAUGCCGAGUUUCUGGACAGCCACAUGCACAUGACCUGCAUACAACUCACCCGCUCUGUCCGGAACUUGCGCUCUCAGGUGGCUCGCGCCUCCUGUCAAGCCGCCGCCGAAUUGUUCAGCUUAAAGUCCAAGUACCUGGAGCAGGAAUGUGAUGAUCUCGUGUGUGCGCUUUUGCAUCGAACCGCAGACACGAAUCGCUUUAUACGUGCGGACGCAACGCACGCCUUGGAGUCGAUGGUGGAUCACGCCCAGCCAGUAAAGGUGCUAAAUAUACUUGCAACCAAGGGUGCUCAGCACCAGAACGCUCUGGUUCGUACUUCCACGGCCAAGCUGUUGUUCCGACUCGUGGAGCGACUAGGCAGUGAUCGCAUAUAUGCCAUGGGCCGUGACAAUCGCGAUAAGUUCUUUGUGGUGGGCGCCAAUCUGCUGCUUGAGGGAAGCCUGGAAACUCGCAGCUAUGCCAAGUCCCUGUUCCGCGCCCUGUCCGAGCACAGCAGUUACCAGCGACUCUUGCUGGAAGUAAUACCACCGCGCACGUAUAGGAAUGUGGAGAAGACGCUCCGGAGCAUAGCACGUUAGUAAACACUCAGCAUCUGCAUCUGUCAUCUGUACAGCUUAGCUCUAUUUAUACAAAGGCAAAGGCACAUUCCAGGGGAAUGCGAAUUUCAUUGAUGAAUGUGUGUAGUGUGAUCUGCUUUACGAUGAUACAUACAAAAGUUUCUAUCUAGAUGUUCUUAAGCAAUACUUAAAGACUAAUAAAAACAUUGUUAUCUUUAA